CUUUCGAUAGCUGUUUCCUUAAGCAUGUAUCUCUUACAUAUAACAUUUGAACUAUUUUCUUAAGCUUGUUUCUAAUUGAAGCAUUUAUGUGCAUCAGUGCAUACAUAUCUGAUUAUAUGUAUGUAUUAUACACCACUGAAAAGAGUAAAAUUGAUCUGUAGCACUCGGGUUUCAAAUGAAUUAGGAGCUGGGAAUCCACGGGCAGCUCAACUGAGUGUCUGCACUGUGAUGGUUCUUGCUGUUGCAGAGGCAAUUACGGUGAGCGCGGCUCUCUUUUGUUGCCGCUUCAUUCUGGGAUAUGCAUAUAGUGGUGAGAAAGAAGUCGUGGAUUAUGUCAGAGAAAUGACUCCUAUUCUCUGUCUCUCCAUCGUCAUGGACAGCUUAACGGCAAUACUAUCUGGGAUUGCCAGAGGAAGUGGGUGGCAGCAUAUCGGUGCCUAUGUCAAUUUCGGGGCAUAUUAUCUGGUUGGAAUACCAUUGGCUAUUGUAUUGGGUUUUUUUCAAAAUCUAAGAGGCGAGGGGAUUUGGGGUGGAAUCGUGGCAGGAACAAUACUGCAAGUCAUUCUGCUUACUUCUGUAACAUGUCUUACUAAUUGGCAAGAACAGGCAAAUAAAGCCAGGGAAAGAAUAUUCAAGGGGAGAAUUCGGGCUGACAAUUUAAUUGAUCAGUUGAACUAGUGGUUCUCAGGAGCCUGCUGCUUUUCCAGACACCAUUUGAUUUGAGACUUCCACAUUUCUCAAGACGGCCUGUGAUUUUUUGCGCUCCUUUUUGACGUUGAGAAGACGGCAAUCGAAUAGAAGUACAAACUUGGUAUCUGAGAUCGAAAUUGUGUUCCAAAAGAUUCAUCUUUCAGAAUUCAGAUUAUCUUCCAUGUUCAAAAUGUUUCUUUUGCUUCCACUAAAGGAUUAAUCAUCCGGUUGUACUUCAAAAAGUUUUAUUCAUUACCCACAUGCUAUCUUACCGAGUUUUUCCACCAGAAUGAACUCAUGUUUUUUUCCCCUGGUGAUGUGUUAUUCGUUGUCUAAAAUGUUACAAUCGGAAAUCUAGA